AUGUUGGCAAACGUGAUGGGUCCAUCGUCAUACGCUGUUUCAUGUGGGCAGCUAUCUCGCUUGCAAGCAGAUUGGUUUUUGCUAGCGUGUGGAAUAAUUGUUACAUCAGCGUUUUGUAUCGAUGGAAUAGCAAUUGCUGACCAGUUUAUAGAAAAGCUACAUCAAUUAUGCAAUAUUCCGAUGAUCGACAUAUCAGAUAUGUGUGUGGCCAUAAUUGAGUGCACCGUUGACUGA